GUUGUUUCCGUCCGGAUUGUCUCCCGGUGUCAUGACGUCAUGACGUCAGCGUGCGAGCAGAAAGUAGACGGAGCCGAGCGCGUGUGGAGGAAACGUCUGUCCGUGAGUUCGUGAACAUGUGUAACGUCCCAGAGCUGAUAUGUUUAGUGAACCAGCGACUGACUGCGGCUGCUGGAGAGAUAUGUGGGCUGUUUGAAGACACAGCAGAGCACGAGGAGGAACUGACUAGUUUAAAAGAGGAGCACGAGCGCCAACGGAAACGACUGGACGCCAUGUUCAACCCGAAAGUCCGGUUACAACGAGCAGAUGUCCAGCAGCUGUUGGUGACUAAACCAGAGGUUCCCUCUGAGCAGCAUGACUGGAGCUCCAGUCUGGACCAGGAAGACCCAGAGCCCCCACACAUUAAUGAAGACCAGGAGGACCCAGAGCCCCCACACAUUAAAGAAGACCAGGAGGACCCAGAGCCCCCACACAUUAAAGAAGACCAGGAGGACCCAGAGCCCCCACACAUUAAAGAGGAACAGGAGGACCCAGAGCCCCCACACAUUAAAGAGGAACAGGAGGACCCAGAGCCCCCACACAUUAAAGAAGACCAGGAGGACCCAGAGCCCCCACACAUUAAAGAGGAACAGGAGGACCCAGAGCCCCCACACAUUAAAGAGGAACUGGAGGACCAGGAGGACCCAGGGCCCCCACACAUUAAAGAGGAACAGGAGGACCCAGAGCCCCCACACAUUAAAGAGGAACAGGAGGAACUCUGGAUCAGUCAGGAAGGAGUGCAGCUUCAAGCACUGGAGGAGGCUGGUAUCAAGUUCCCAUUUGCUCAGUUCUCAAAUCAGGAAGGAGUGCAGCUUCAAGCGCUGGAGGAGGCUGGUAUCAAGUUCCCAUUUGCUCAGUUCUCAAAGUCCACUAAAAAUAAGAAACAUUUGAAAACAGAAAGAGAUGGAGAGGAAGACGGAUCCAGAUCAGAUCCAGAUAGUCCUUUACAACCGACUGCUGAUGAGAUUUCCCAAUCCUCUGAAUGUGAGACUGAUAACAGUGAUGAUUGGAAGGAGACUCAGGAACCUCUGUCUCAUUUAAACCCUUUGGAAAACAAUGAAGUCCUUGAAAGUGACGUGGACUGUAAUACUGGAAACACAUCAAUUAACUCCUCUGGAAGCUUUGGCCAAAAGAGACACUCUGGAGUCAAAACAGGAGAGAAACCAAUCAGUUGUUCAGUUUGUGGUAAAACAUAUAGACAAGCGCACAAUCUGAAACGACACUCGACUGUCCACACUGGAGAGAAACUAUUCAGUUGUUCAGUUUGUGGUAAAACAUUCAGGCUAGCGCACAAUCUGAAAAUACACUCAACUGUCCACACUGCAGAGAAACUAUUCAGUUGUUCAGUUUGUGGUAGAACAUUCAGACGAGCACACACUCUGAAACUACACUCAACUGUCCACACUGGAGAGAAACUGUUCAGUUGUUCAGUUUGUGGUAAAACAUUCAGACUAGUGAACACUCUGAAACUACACUCAACUGUCCACUCUGGAGAAAAACUAUUCAGCUGUUCAGUUUGUGGUAAAACAUUCAGACAAGCACGCAAUCUGAAAGACCACUCAACUGUCCACACUGGAGAGAAACUAUUCAGUUGUUCAGUUUGUGGUAAAACAUUCACACAAGCACGCAAUCUGAAAGACCACUCAACUGUCCACACUGGAGAGAAACUAUUCAGUUGUUCAGUUUGUGGUAAAACAUUCAGACGAGCGCACAAUCUGAAACGACACUCAACUGUCCACACUGGAGAGAAACUAUUCAGUUGUUCAGUUUGUGGUAAAACAUUCACACAAGCACGCAAUCUGAAAGAACACGCAACUGUCCACACUGGAGAGAAACUAUUCAGUUGUUCAGUUUGUGGUAAAACAUUCAGACGAGCACAGACUCUGAAACUACACUCAACUGUCCACACUGGAGAGAAACUAUUCAGUUGUUCAGUUUGUGGUAAAACAUUCAGACAAGCGCACAAUCUGAAACUACACUCAACUGUCCACAGUGGAAAAACAAAUUAGUGGUACAUUUUUCUUUAAAAAAUUCUCUCUUCUCUGUGAUUUAAGAAAAUCACUAUUGAUAAGAUCAUCAGAAAUAAAUGAGACAUGGUUAAAUACUUAAAAACCGGAUGGUUGAAUAAAUAAGUUCAUUCAGCUACGUUGUUGUUCAUGAUAAGGUUGAAGAAGUUUUCUCUGCAAGUCUUGACCCUAUAUGAGUGAACACUGAGUGUUUAAUGAGGUCACAGUCUGUGACAUCACAGUCGAGGGUUACGCAGGUGUGUGUGUGUGUCUGUCGAUAUAAUUUUUUUUAACUGAACUGAAUAUGUGUGAUCAUUUGACCUGAAGCACUACUGGGCCCUGUUUCUCGUACCUGGCUAACGUAGUUAGCUGGAUCAUUUUCAGGAUGAGAUCACAAGUGAGGCUUUUCGCUUCAACAAAGCAAGUUUGGAACUAGAACGGGCACUCGGUAGAGCGCAUACCUUCGCAUAUCACAAUAUUGGGCAUUGAAUUAUGUACAUUUUGGCAU